GACCGUGUUCCAUCACAGUUUCUACUACAGUGCCUACCAGGCCGUCGGCUGGGGCGUCCCGGUGCUAAUGACGGCUGCCUGGGCCACGGCAACUGCCAUGUUCUAUGGCAGCUCCAGGUGCUGGUGGGGGUACAACUUCACGCCCUACUACUGGAUCAUGGAGGGACCAAGGUUCUCUGUCAUAUCGAUGAACAUGGUGUUCUUGCUGAACAUCAUCCGGGUCCUAGUGACGAAGUUGAGGCAGAGCAACUCCAGCGAGGCUCAGCAAGUGAGGAAGGCGGUGAAGGCGGCCAUCGUGCUGCUGCCCCUGCUAGGGAUCACCAACGUCCUGAACAUGGUCAAGGCGCCGCUGGGAAGGUCGGCGGCGGAGUUCGGGCUCUGGUCCUACGCCACCCACUUCCUCACCUCCUUCCAGGGCGUCUUUAUCGCUCUCCUCUACUGCUUCCUCAACGGCGAG